AUGUACUUGGACAUUGCCUUGCAGACCAUGGUAACAUCUGCAUCCUCCUUCCUUGCUCCCGCUCCCUCUGCCUUGUCUUCACUAUCAUCAUCUUUGGUUGAUCAAAAUUUUGAUGCAUCCUUCAAGUGCAAAAUAAGCUUCUAUAAUUUAGUACCAACUGCUGGUCCUGGAGGUGAAGCGGCGGUUUCCAAAACUGCGCAAACAUUUGCUGCUACAAUGAAAAAGCUCAGCAAGAACCCCUCCACGGUGUCGUUCAUCAUCUCUGCUGGAUUUGAAAUGACAGAAACUUGUGCUGGAUGCAUUUAUGACCCUGUCGAUGUCCUCGCAACAGAGCCUGCUCAUGAGUUCCCUGAUCUUGGAUGUCCCAUCAACGGAUGCGAGAUGCGCAUCAUUGAUCCCGCUGAUGGUGCCACACUGCACCCCGACGGUGAGAGUGGCAAGCUUCAGGUACAAGCAGCCAACAAUUGCCUGGGUCGUCAUUUCAACAAUGGUGUUCGGGUUCUUGUUCUAUUCCUUGACUGUGAUGGCAUCGUUGAUAUCACCCAUGUGUCCAUUUCAGACGCUAAUAUUGAUGAUUUUGUUCUGAAUCACAUCGCAGGAGUACUAUGGCUGGUGUUCAAACCAGCAUCUAGGUAUUUCCAGCAGUUCACGACGUUGGUCUAUGGUGUACUGCAGCGGCUGGGCGGUACCCUCAUGUCAAAUUGGACCCAAUUAUCUGGAGCACUGGCAGGCACUGUGUUUGCGGUCAGCUCAUUCACACAGCGCUGUCUCCAGCCAUCAUUCAGCGCACUUCAUCACCUGAUAUCCUCCCUGAGUUCUUUGAAUCUGCCCACUCAGACAAAGGUCACAGACUCUGAAGCACAACUGCUGGACCAUCUUAUCAGCCUCUUCAAGCAAGGAGGGCUCACAAAGCACAUCGCUCGUGCUGAGGAGCUUCUCAAUGAAGCACGCAGCAUUUCCUUUGUCACCCCAUCCACCGAGAUGGAGAAGGCACUUGCCAAGAUAUAUGCACAAUCUUCUUCGUGCACCCUGGUGUCGGAGAAGCUGAAUAUUCUGGGGAUUUGCAGGAUACUCUGA